AUGAGGCACCUUGAGCACCGACACUUACCCUGCGGGCACCGGCACGGGCUGUGCAGCACCGGGGGGCUCUUCCCUCCCCACCGCGGCCUCCCCGGGCUGAGGCCUACGGACUUUAUCCCUGCUGCCUUGCAGAAGCAACUACGCCUUCUCUCCCACUUGCAGCCCCGUUUGCAGGCACCACCUCUCCCCCCAGCGAAGCCCUGCAAUGAACUCGAAAGCGCUAAAAGAAUCAGAUUACUGAAUUCAUCCUCAAAAGAUAAUACAACUGCAUUCUAUGGCAUAAAUCAGUUUUCUCACCUGUUUCCUGAAGAGUUCAAAGCUAUUUACUUAAGAAGCAUACCUCACAAACUUCCCAGAUACGUAAAAGUGCCAAAUGGAGAGGAAAAGCCUUUGCCAAAGAAGUUUGACUGGAGAGACAAGAAAGUCAUUGCACAAGUGAGAAAUCAGCAAACAUGUGGAGGCUGCUGGGCUUUCAGUGUUGUGGGUGGUAUAGAGUCUGCCUAUGCAAUUAAAGGAAAUAACCUGGAAGAACUCAGCGUACAGCAGGUUAUUGACUGUUCGUACAAUAAUUACGGCUGCAGCGGAGGAUCCACUGUUAGUGCUUUGAGCUGGCUGAACCAGACAAAAGUAAAACUUGUGAGAGAUUCAGAGUACACUUUUAAAGCUCAGACAGGACUGUGCCAUUAUUUUGGUCCCUCAGGUUUUGGAGUUUCAAUAACAGGAUUUGCUGCAUAUGAUUUCAGCGGUCAGGAAGAAGAAAUGAUGAGGAUGCUUGUUAACUGGGGCCCCUUGGCAGUAACAGUAGAUGCAGUUAGCUGGCAGGAUUACCUUGGUGGGAUUAUACAAUAUCACUGCUCCAGUGGAAGGGCAAAUCAUGCUGUUCUCAUCACUGGUUUUGACAGAACAGGUAGUAUCCCUUACUGGAUUGUACAGAAUUCUUGGGGGCCUACAUGGGGAAUAGACGGCUAUGUUCGUGUUAAGAUAGGCAGCAAUGUCUGUGGUAUAGCAGAUACAGUUUCAGCAGUAUUUGUUUGACACUUACUGUCCAAAGACCAUGAUUAUUGUUUGGCACUCGUUGUAU